AUGCCAACAUUUGCACCCUAUCUACUGGGUGGCAAGACCUUGCAAGGCGUACAACCACCUUCCGAUCACAAUGCGUCCCAUUCCCACUCCCUCGUCGACAUUGAAUCAUGCAUUGACGAUCCCCAUCUUGCUCCUUUGGGUGAGCAUGUGCGUGCUGAUAAGACACAAGAGCAGCAAAGGCAACAACGAUCAAAAGAGGGUCAAGUACGGAUACGAAAGAAGCAACUUAGAAGAGAAAUCCGUGAAGAUGGGGUGUUGCUAUUGAGACGACGAGGAAUGGAAUCAGCCGAGUUAUCAGAGCAAUUGGAUGGCCUUUUACCGCCCUUGGCACCCUUUCUCAAUCCAAUGACACGUCUUCAAGGCCUUGUGGAAUUGGAUAUCUCACGCAAUCGAUUGACACAGCUACCACCCAACUUGGCAAUGCUCAACUAUUUGAAAAUCCUCAAUGUAUCCGCCAAUCGACUUGCAGCAGUGCCCUCCGUAUUAUACAAUCUUGGUCAACUUGAAGUACUCAAUCUAUCACAAAAUUUGAUCACUGAGAUCCCGAGUGAGAUGGCGAUACGUUUACGAAGGCUGAAAACGUUACGGAUGUCAGCUAACCGCAUUGAGCGUAUUGAAGCGGAUCUAUCAUUAUGGGAGGAAAUGGAGCAUCUGCAAUUGGGUUCAGUCUUUGGCGGUAAUUUGCUCACUCAUAUACCUGAUCAGAUUGCAGAUAUGCAACGUCUUCAAGAGCUGGAUUUAUCCCAUAAUCAAUUACGAUCACUACCUUGCAACAUGCGUCUGGAACGUUUAGAACAUCUCAACGUAAGCGACAAUCAACUCGACACCUUGCCAGCAUCCAUUGCACAAUGCCAACGUAUGCGUACGCUCAAUGUAUCCAAAAAUCAUCUUACAACAUUGCCUGCCGAUCUUGUACAGCUCAAGUUCCUUGAGUUUUUCGAUUUGAGCGAGAAUCUAUUGUGCAUCAUGCCAGCAGAUAUUCUUCAGCAUAUGCGUUCAACCACACUACUCAUCACUGGCAAUCCCCUUAUCCAUGAUAUCUCUGGUGUAACCAGUAGCAACAACACGAGUGAUGCAUAUGCACAAAUAGUACGUCAAAUGACUAUGCGUGCGGUUCCAAUGUCGCCUCUUUGUGGUCCACGUGGUAUGGGAUGUGAAGGUGGUCCCUCUUCUCUCGUACUUCAUCGCCAUCGUCAUCAUCACCAUCAUCAUCACCAUAAUCGCCAACGGAGCUACUUUGAUAACUUUGAUGAUAAAGGCAACAACAGCGGUAGCAGCAGUGGUAGUGGUAGUGGUAGCAGCAGCAGCAACAGUGAUAAUACGACAUCAUCAAUACCCAGAUCAACAACAAGACGAUCACGAUUACAAUUCUUUCACGACCAUGACGAUCAUGAUGCUAGCAUUGAUCGAGAAUUGUUAUAUCAUGCACGCCAACUCAAUAUCCGUGGAUCAAGACCAGGCACUCCUCAAACCUUAAUGGGUGUCUUAUCACCACCCCAAGACGACGACGACGAUGAUGAUGAUGUUGAUGACAAUGCACAAGAACAACAGCAGCAACCCAAUCAACAUCAGCUGAUGGGUAAUACACCUGUGGAUGAGGAUGAGGACGAGGAACAUGUGCGAGAAAGUAUGGAAUUCCAAGGGCAUCAUUUGAUCCAUUCGUUACGUGAAAUUGCCGCCCGACACAUUCUCAAGAACAAGGCUCAAGUCCCCUUGCAUAUGCUUCCAAUUCAUUUGGCACAGGAUCUUGAAAAUCAUUCUCGUCUUUGUGUUGCAUGUCAAUCCCCUUUUGUCAAUGAAUGGGUCACGUCUGUUCAAGUGAAGAGCUUCAAGGGUCAUCCAGCUGUCGUUCAUCGUGUUCGAUUUUGCUCAACUGCUUGUUGGCGAAGUUGUCUUGGUAAAGAUGUCAUACCCGACGAUCCACCCAUCAUCCAUGAUACCACCACCACAUCAACCACUAGCAGCAACAUCCAUUUUCCUCCUCCUUCACCCUCCUCUACUUCUUCCAUAAGCAGUAUGAGUACGAGCAACCUCCAUUGGAUUGAGACGACAGCUGCAACAACACCACUCGCUUCUCAAUAA